UCAAAAUGGCAACUUCCUCUAGCGCGAUUAUUAGAAGAAAUUGCAGGUUUGCUAUUGUGGGUGGUGGAAUAGCUGGUGUGACCUGUGCAGAACAAUUAGUUGUUGAAUGUCCAGAAGAGCAAGUUUUGCUGAUAUCUGCUACACCUGUUAUCAAAGCUGUGAGAAAUGUAAGAAAGAUAACAAGAACCUUGGAAAGCUUUGAUGUGGAGGAGAAACCUUCAACACAAUUAGAACAUGAAUGUCCUAAUGUUCAGGUUAUUCAUGCCUUGGUGACCAAACUGGAUGCCCAGCAUCAUAAACUUUUUCUAUCUGAUGGAUCAGUAGUGAUGUACACAAAACUGUGUAUCUGUACAGGAGGAAGACCAAAGCUGAUAACCAAAGGGAAUCCUUAUGUAUUAGGUAUCAGGGAUACAGAGACAGUAAAGCUCUUUCAGGAAAGAUUAGGCAGUUCCAAACGAAUUGUAGUUGUGGGAAAUGGUGGUAUUGCCAUUGAAUUGGUGUAUGAAAUAGAAAACUGCCAAGUAAUCUGGGCAAUCAAACAUAAUUCCAUUGGUUCUACUUUCUUUGAUGCUGGAGCUGCUGAAUUUUUUUUGCCACAACUACAGUCUGAUACGAGUGCAGAAAAUAAACCUCUAAAACGAACCAAGUAUACUGUGUAUGAUGUGACCAAAAAACAAAAGAGCUGUGAUGCAGUUGGUGGUGCAUUGGGACCAGAUUGGGCAACAGAUGUUGUUAUGAAGGGGAAAGCAGAACAUAUUCAUGAUAUUCAUGUAGAGCAUAGGUGUGAAGUAGAAGCUAUCUUGACACCUGAUGAGCUAUUAGAACAAAAACUAACUCCUGAAGGAUUGGUAUUGAAGUUAGGAAGUUUUGAUGGUUCUUGGCCUGUUUAUGUUAAACUAACAAAUGGGAAAGUGUAUGGCUGUGAUUUUGUUGUUAGUGCAACUGGUGUGGUUCCCAAUGUUGAAUCUUUUCUGCCAGGAAAUCAGUUUGAGCUUUCUGAAGAUGGAGGAAUGAGUGUCAAUGAUCAGUUACAGACCAGUCUACCCGAUGUUUAUGCAGCUGGUGAUGUCUGUACUUGUACUUGGACCCCUGCAGAACAUUGGUUUCAGAUGAAGCUGUGGACACAGGGAAAACAGAUGGGUCACUAUGCAGCCCGUUGUAUGGCUUCACACUUUAGAGGAGAAUUGGCAGUAUUGGAUUUCUGUUUUGAACUUUUUGCACAUGUCACAAGGUUUUUUGGCUACAAGGUAGUGCUGCUUGGCUUGUACAAUGCUCAAGGCCUUGGAAGAGACUAUGAGAUAUUAGUGAGAGUGACAAAAGGUAAAGAAUAUGUAAAGGUUAUUUUAAAAGAUGGAAGAAUGAUGGGAGCUGUUCUCAUUGGAGACACUGAUUUAGAAGAGACCUUUGAAAACCUAAUUUUAAACCAGAUGGAUUUGUCAGCCUAUGGAGAAGAGUUGCUAAAUCCAAAUAUUGAUAUAGAAGACUAUUUUGAUUAAUUUAUUGAACUUGUUUAUACUAAAGAAAUUUGUUAAUACUUUUGUGCUUCAACAGUUAAGAGGACUGUAGUAUUUUGUGUUUGAUAGUUUAACCUAACAAAUACUUUUUUUUUUGCAUAAGAAAGAACUGAUGGUUUUUUUUGAGGUGGGACUGUGAAUCACAUUUGUGAGGAGUUUGCAUCUGAUUAUUAAAAGACUGAUCAAAGAUUUGUCUAAUUAUGCUAAGUUUUGUAGUAUUUGUCCUAAUACAAUAUUACUUUAUUCAGUGCAAGCUUUAUUCACUGAAUGUUGGUCUCUAGAAUAAACUAUAUGUACAAAUUUUGUUUAAGUUAAGAUACAUCUCUAGCAAAUGAUGUUUUUUGUUAAAAAGACAAAGAAAACUCGUUUUUUUAAU